AUGAGCAAUUCCAAUGACAAACUUUUAUUUUUAAAUCUGACUGAAGAAUCUGAAAGAUAUCCAUACACGCCAGCAAUAAGUGAUUUAAGCAGCUGAAAUGAUAAUAAACAAAUGAUUUUUUUGAAAAAAAAUAUCCCAUCGCCUAGGUCUCCCUUAUCUUUAAGAAAAACUCCAAUUAAAAUAAAUACUGAUUUUAAUGAAAAAACAAAUGAUAGUCUGCAUGUGAAUUAUUUAGUGUUUAGCCCAGCUGAAUCUUCAGCUUACAAUCCUACCCCAAAGAUGCGUAAAACUACGCCUAUGAAAUUUAGCUUGAAAAAAGAAGAUUGCGAAGGGUUUUUAAUUGCAAAAUGCAAUUGUAUAGCUGUUGGGAAGUUGCCUGAAAAUGAUCUUAUAAGUUUAUACCCAAAAUAUAUGAUUGCUUCAGUCAAAUAAAAUUUUUUGCUUAUUAAUCAAAAAUAAAGUACCUUGGCAUAUCAUUUUCUGGGUCUUGUGGCUCACCUAACUGCAUCAAUAAAAACAAAGUCGAGAUAAUUCAAAGGCGCACUAAAAAGCUAAAAACUAAAAGCCUUGAAAGGAAAAACACCAACCAAACUGACCUCAAUAAGCAAUCCCGCACAAUGAAACUUCGUAAAAAACUAAUAGAACUAAACAAAUCAGUCAGCCCCAAAAAUGUAGUAAUUAGCAUAGAAACCACAAAGAAAAAUGAUUUUUCUAAAUCCAGCUCAAUGAGAAAAGCAUUUUCAUCAAAUGUAAGGCUUCCUUAUAUCAGGGUAAAGCCAAUUUUUCAUCUUGGGACGAGUAUAAGAAGAGAUUAUCAUAAUUUAAGUAUGAUAAAUUAA